AUGAGCGAAGCUAUUGAUAUACCGACGGUAGAUACUCAGGGCGUCGCCCGUGAGUUAUCUCGGUCUCCCUCUCUGUCGCCGACGCCAGCAAUAUCCUCCUGUCCAUCGCCCGUCCGCACCUUUUCGACAGUCUCGUCCAUCUCGAACUUCUCAGGCGAUGCCAGGUCAUCGGUGUUGUCGUCGACAUCGGCGGGCUCUCGCAGGAGAGGCUACGUUCGUCCACAAGGCGCCACAUUUGCGGAUUCAGCGAAAAACCGGGAGAGCGUGAUGAGCCUGGGGAGCAUCGCCCAUCUGCAGUACUACUUUGCUCGAACGGGACUGCUGGAUGGGAAAGGGGCCCAGAUGGCCAGAGCGAAGAAGAAGCCUACAGACGCCGAAAUACCGAAGCUCACGCUCAGCCAGGAAGUGCAUCUGGAUGGGGAUCUGGUCCAGAGCCCCAUCGAGGCGUUUGGGGAAUUUGGGGGAAUCGACGAUGAUGCUGGCGUGUGGGAUGAAUAUGAACAUGAACCGCUCAUGCUGCCGCCGACAGUGAGCACAUACAGCAUAAAAACACAUUAUAUACCGCCGCCACCGGACCUGAAUGCCCUGAGACAUGAUCUACAGACUGCCUUGGAGAAGGCGAGAGAUGUCCUGACAGCGAGCAAGGACGAGCUGGCGGCCCAGAAAUUGGCAGCAAGCGAACUGGCUACAAAGGAAGACGGCGGCCUCCCUGAGAUAGAGGUAGACGAGGACGCGAGUAAUAAAGACAAAGAAAACAACAACAGCAGCACCGAUAAUAAUAAUAAUGGAGAUGAGCAGAAGGAGACGCCGUCGAAGAAGCAGCCCCAGGGCUGGGACGAGAUACAAGGGAUGCACAUACUCGAUCUGGUCACUCUGGCCAUACGAGCAGCGCGAAUUUACUAUACAGCCCAUGAACACCCCGAGCGUCUGGCCCAGAUCAAGAGUGAAAAGGAGAUCAGGGGCGAGCUUCUCUCAGUGCUCGAGGUGCUAAAGAGAUGGGCAUCCCGGUCAUUUGCCGGCGGACUCAGGGAUAAGGAGCGGUCGUCCAUCAUUGACUGGAUCGAUGGCAUCGGCCGUAUGCUCGAGCAAGAGCGCAAGAUGGAAGCCGGAGAACGCCACAAGCGCAAGAGCUGGACAUGGACGAGCGGUGACUGGUCCGGCCACGAGCGCGAGAGGGAGUAUCAGUUCUUGCAGAACCUGACGCCCCCAGCCGUCAGUCCGCUGCCAGCCUGGGAACCUGUUGACGACAGCGAAGACAGCAAGCAGGAGCUCCCUACACCCUUUCUGGCCCGUCUCCGGGACGGCCGGGACCUUGUACGCUUCCAUAAUGAGGCCGUCAAGCUGUCGUACCGCCCCUUUGGUGCUAUCAAGACGUUCCACGAUGACGUGAACAAGCCGUACCGGAUGGCAGACAAUCUCCGGUACUGGGUCAAGGCGGCCGAGAUACGCUGGGAGCUGCGCCUGGAGGUCGAUGUGAUGGCCAUCGUAACCGGAGACAAGCCGGAGGCCUGGAAGGGCUUUGAUACUGCCAUCCUGCAGUGGUGCCGGACAGUCAGGGAGGAAGUCAUGAAUGAUUGGAGCUCCCGCGAAGAGGAGCCUGCAGUCAAAUCUCCCUCGACCCUCUCUCCAUACGGAUGA